CUGGCCAUAAUCAUGUAGGCUGCUGUCAGACUGGAGGCAGGCUCAUCCUCAAACUGAUCAUACACCGUAUGAGGAGCAGGGAUGGCCGGGGGACGCAGAGGACUUGUGGCCCCUCAGAACACUUUCCUGGAGAAUAUCGUCCGCCGCUCCAACGACACCAAUUUUGUUUUAGGGAAUGCUCAAAUUGUGGAUUGGCCCAUUGUCUACAGCAAUGAUGGAUUCUGCAAGCUCUCCGGUUACCAUCGUGCUGAAGUCAUGCAGAAGAGCAGCACCUGCAGUUUCAUGUACGGUGAACUCACUGACAAGGAAACCUGCGAGAAAGUCUGCCAGACCUUUGAGAACUAUGAGAUUAACUCCUUUGAAAUACUCAUGUACAAGAAGAACAGGAUGCCAGUGUGGUUCUUUGUUAAAAUUGCCCCCAUCCGAAACGAGCAGGACAAAGUUGUGCUGUUUCUCUGCACCUUUAGUGACAUAACAGCAUUCAAGCAGCCUAUUGAAGAUGACUCAUCAAAAGGCUGGGGUAAGUUUGCUCGCCUGACACGGGCGUUGACAAGCAGCCGGGGUGUUUUACAGCAGUUGGCACCAACUGUCCACAAGGGCGAGAACGUCCACAAGCACUCACGUCUGGCUGAGGUAUUGCAGUUAGGAUCUGAGAUCCUCCCACUUUACAAACAAGAAGCCCCCAAAACCCCCCCUCACAUCAUCUUGCAUUACUGUACCUUCAAAACCACCUGGGACUGGGUCAUCCUCAUCCUCACCUUCUACACUGCCAUCAUGGUCCCCUACAAUGUGUCCUUCAAGACCAAACAAAACAACGUCACCUGGCUGGUGGUGGACAGCAUCGUGGACGUGAUCUUCCUGGUGGAUAUUGUGCUUAAUUUCCACACCACCUUCGUGGGACCGGCUGGAGAGGUCAUCUCAGACCCGAAACUGAUCCGGAUGAACUACGUGAAGACCUGGUUCGUCAUUGACCUUCUCUCCUGUCUUCCAUACGAUGUCAUUAAUGCAUUUGAGAAUGUUGACGAGGGCAUCAGCAGCCUCUUCAGUUCACUGAAGGUGGUGCGAUUAUUGCGACUCGGCCGUGUGGCUCGUAAGCUGGACCACUACAUUGAAUACGGGGCAGCGGUUCUGAUCUUGCUGGUUUGUGUGUUUGGUCUGGCUGCUCAUUGGUUGGCCUGUAUAUGGUACAGCAUCGGUGACUACGAGAUCAUUGACGAGGUGACGAACAUUGUCCGUACGGACAGCUGGCUCUAUCUUUUGGGAGAAGCCGUCGGCAUGCCGUAUCGCUUCAAUACCAGCGGCACAGGGAAGUGGGAGGGCGGACCCAGCAAAGACUCGGUCUACAUCACCUCAUUGUACUUUACUAUGACCAGCCUGACUAGUAUUGGCUUCGGGAACAUCGCGCCCACCACAGAUGGAGAGAAGAUCUUCGCCGUGGCCAUGAUGAUGAUUGGCUCUCUCCUUUAUGCCACCAUCUUUGGUAACGUAACCACCAUCUUCCAGCAAAUGUAUGCCAACACCAACCGAUACCAUGAGAUGUUGAACAGUGUUAGGGACUUCCUAAAGCUCUACCAGGUUCCCAAGGGCCUUAGUGAGAGGGUCAUGGACUAUAUCGUCUCAACGUGGUCCAUGUCCAGAGGAAUCGACACUGAUAAGGUGUUGCUAAUUUGCCCCAAAGACAUGAGAGCGGACAUCUGCGUUCAUCUCAACAGGAAAGUGUUCAAAGAACAUCCAGCUUUCCGCCUGGCCAGUGAUGGGUGUUUGCGCGCCCUUGCCAUGGAGUUCCAGACGAUCCACAGCGCCCCAGGUGAUCUCAUCUACCAUGCAGGUGAAAGUGUGGACAGCCUCUGCUUUGUGGUGUCAGGGUCUUUGGAGGUCAUUCAAGACGAUGAAGUUGUUGCCAUUUUGGGAAAGGGGGAUGUGUUUGGGGAUGUGUUCUGGAAGGAGGUGAAUUUAGCUCAGGCCUGUGCAAACGUCCGUGCGCUGACAUACUGCGAUCUUCAUAUCAUCAAACGUGAUGCCUUACAGAAGGUUCUGGAAUUCUACUCAGCUUUCGCUGGACACUUCUCUAGGAACCUGGUGCUAACCUACAACCUGAGGAAAAGAAUCGUCUUCCGUAAAAUAAGUGAUGUCAAACGGGAGGAAGAAGAGAUGCUGAGAAGGAAGAAUGAAGCCCCUCUCAAUCUUCCCCCAGACCACCCUGUGCGCCGUCUCUUUCAACGAUUUCGUCAACAGAAAGAAGCGCGACUGGCGGCAGAGCGAGCCAGCCAAGGGGAACAGGAUGUAGAGAGAGGUCCUGUCCAUGUGGAGAAGACCAUGGUACACGAGGUGCCAACUAGCACUGUCACAGACACUGAAAAAACAGCCAUAACAAUUGCCUCUUCAUCCUCCUCUUCAAUAUCCUCUAGAACUUCAUGUAGAGCAAAUCUUUGCACUCCUAUGGACCCCAAUGGAAAAUAUACAGGAAGUAAGUCAGCUGAACCACCCAAAAAUAAAGGUUGGGGUCGCUUUAAAGACGCCACAGUCAAGUCUGACCUCUCUAGGUGUUCUGUGUCUAAAGCAGAGUCCAUGGAGACGCUUCCAGACAGGACUAAGUCACAAGAUGAACUGUCCCUCAAGAAGACGGACUCGUGCGACAGUGGCAUCACAAAGAGUGAGAUGCGACUUGACAAUGUGGGUGACGGUACCGCUAGAACCCCUCAGGAUCAGAGCCCAGUUCAGCCUGAAGGGCGCCGAGCAUUCUACCUCAUUCCAGAACAGAGUCUUCAGGCCUGCUUUACAGAAGUGAAGCAGGAACUACGAGGAGAUAUCCACUUGCUCAACAACAGAAUGUACAUGCUUGAAAACCAGAUUGCCGAGAUGCUCAGACUUCUGAAAGCCAGAAAGUCCUCAGUAUCUUCACACCUGUUUGACAUAUCAAGACCCGACUCUCCUGAUACAGAAAAAGAUGACGACAUGUUCUCCUAACUGCAUUUAAUUGGACGUGGUCUGAAGGGAUCACUGUUUGGUCCUGUUAUUGUGAAAGCAAAACUGACCUCAUCUAGCAUCUUACUUAAAGGGCAAGAAGUUGUUGACCUUCAUGAUGAAGAGUCAUGCUGGGAAACAUUUGGAACUUUGAAUAUAUCAACACAAUGAAAAAUAACUGUGAACUCUUUGUACGAUGGUUGACAUUUUUGUAUGGUUAUCCAAAUCAACAAGUAUUUGUAUCUGUGAAAUGUACAACUGCCACCAGUCCUUAGGCGUGACCACAUUUACCUUUGCACAGCUAAAGUUUGCAAGCAAACAAGGCUUAGGCGAAUAUGAAGCGAGGGUGAAACCCACAAAAAACUACUUGUCAAGCAGCAUCUUUUUAUAUUGUACUUUAUACUCUGGAAGAGUGAAGUUAUAAAGAAACUCACCCCUAAAAUGUUUUGCUGCAAACAUUCAGUGUAGUUAUAUUUGAAACCCACAGAGGUUGCUUCCAAACCAAGCAAAUUUAUAUGUGUCAAUGCUGUGAAUUUGCAUGACAAAGUCCAUCAUACAAAAUUCCUGUUUGAGUGGACUCCCAUUGAGAUGACUGUAUUUCGCCCACAGAAUCCAUCGGGCAAAAUGUCUGACUGUGUGUAUUCCCAUUGAAGUGACUGUAUUUCACUCUUGGAAUUUCGCUGUGAAAAGCUAAAAGUCAACGCUACAAAUGCGCAUGCCAAAGUUCACCAAACUUGAAAGCAAAAUGUGUCCAUCAGAAGUCCAUCAGGCAAAAUGUCUGACCAUGCAUAUUCCCAUUGAGAUGACUAUAUUUCACUCUCGGAAUUUCCAUGUUAUAACUAUUCGACAUUUACUCCAAUAAAAAAAAAAUAUAUUUACGAACCAAUGUUAUUAAGAUUAUGGUAUUGCAGAAAUAAAACUGAAUGAGUAACACAAUUUGUAAACUGUCAUUUCUUAAAACAAAGUAUUGGAUAGGAGGUUAGCAAACAUUUUAUGCCAGUAUUGUAUCGAUUUGAAAUUCUGUUUGUUGAUUAACAGGUUUCUCUGGGUAUAAAGGUGUAAAAUAUCAUUUCAUUUUACUGUCUGGUGCAAAUUGUUUUGAAUUGUAAUGCGACUAUUUGGUCUUACUAAAAAUUUUA